AUGGAAUUUGCAUUAUACAAAACAAGGCCAUUGUGGACACACAGCUACAUCAUUCCUGCCUAUUUCUAUCCAGUUUCGUACUGGCUGGGCACAAGGUUUAGGUUUGGAGAGGCAGAUUCAAACGGCGUGGCAAUAAGCAUCUUCUUUUUGGCGCUGAUCCAAGGAUUUCUCUUCCUAUCUUCGUUCUGGGGAAGCAAAGUGUACGAGUUCUCAAAGCUCCAGAAAGUGGCAAACAUUGAAGAAGCCGAGCUCAUAAAAAUAUCAAAAAAACAGCUGAUGAACAGAGAGUCAAAAGUGGGGUUUGCGUUCGUAAAUUCAAAGAUUGCAGUGAUAAAAGAUAGAAAAGAAAGGAUCAAAUGGUUUGAGUUUGACAACGAUCUCUUCUACUUCAACGGAUCCGCCAUUAAAAAGAUGGAGAUAAAGACCGAUUUCCCCCUCGAUAAGUACACAAGCAAAGAAAUCGGAACCGCAAACAUGCUCUCUGACAUAGAAAGAGUCAUUUUCCCAAAAAACGAGUUUAAGAUAGAGCCCCCAACCUUCAUCAGAAUGUUUGCAGAGCACGCAGUCUCUCCGUUCUUUGUUUUCCAAAUCUUUUGUGCUCUCCUGUGGAUGCUUGACGAGUACUGGAAGUAUUCGCUCUUCACUUUUUUCACAAUCAUCGCAUUUGAGGGAGGAAUGGUCUUCCAGAGACACACGAACAUCAAACAGCUGAGAAGCCUCAACCUAAAGCCGCAAAAGAUCAUGAAAUACACAAAUGGAAAAAAAGAGGAAGUGGUAAGCAGCAGCCUCGUCCCAGGGGACAGGAUAUUCAUUGAAGGGCAGAUACAAAUGCCCGCAGAUCUCCUCCUAAUAAAAGGAACUGCAGUGAUCAAUGAGUCCAUGCUCUCCGGUGAGACAACUCCAGUGCAAAAAGAAGCCAUCACAAGCGAUCCUUCAGAGCUUUCCCUCACCCACCACAAAAAAAGCAUCCUGUACGGAGGCACAAAGAUCCUUAAAUUGGGAGAAAAAGGCAUAGAGUGCAUUGUUCUUCGCACAGGGUUCAUGACAGAGCAGGGAGAGCUGAUUAAGUCAAUGAUUGCCUCCGAAGACACAGUGAGCGAGAAUAAUUACGAAGCAUAUUUGUUCAUUCUUGCUAUGCUGGUAUUUGCCAUUAUAUCGUGCGUGUACGUAGUGAGAGAAAGCGUGGCAAUGGGCAAAACUCUAUACAAAAUAGUCCUAGAGUGCAUUAUGAUCCUCACUAACGUAGUGCCGCCCGAGCUGCCUAUGGAGCUUACUAUUGCAGUCAACUCCUCGCUGCAGGAGCUUGUGGGCCUUGGUGUCUACUGCCUGGAGCCCUUUAGGAUUCCCUUUGCAGGAAAAAUAACAGUCUGCUGUUUCGAUAAGACAGGGACUCUGACAGAGCUCAAUCUGCAGCUGGAGAAGAUAGAGGCAGAGAACAUGGACACAGCCCGAAAAGUCAUUGGCACAUGCCACUCUCUGGUGAUUCUCGAUGGAAAAGCUGAGGGAGACCCGCUGGACAUGUGCGGAUUUGAGUAUGUGAAGGGCACUCUUGUAAAAGACAACCUAAUAAGCAUAGAAGACAAAACAUACUCAGUUCUCAAAAAAUACUCAUUCGACAGCGCCCUUAAAAGAUCGACAUCUGUCCUUCAAAUGGACGACGAUAAGUUCGUAAGCAUGAAGGGCGCUCCUGAAACCAUCCGAGAGUUUCUCAAGGAUCUUCCUGCAGACUACGAUAGAUUCGAAAAGUACGCUGAACAGGGAUACAGAGUGAUCGCUCUUGCCAUGAAGACGCUCAACCAAACCUCAAAGAUCGAUCUAGCAGAUAGAAAGAGCCUAGAGGAAGGCAUGGCCUUUGCAGGGUUUGCAUUCUACAACUCAAAGCUCAAAAAGAAUGCGCAGCAGACUAUAGACCAUCUGAUGAGAAGCAACCACAAGGUAAUCAUGAUCACAGGAGACAACGAAAAAACAGCUAUAAGCGUUGCUAAGCAGGUAGGCCUCUACAACGGAAAAUCGCUCAGUGGCUCAGAGGAAAUUGACAGCUUCCUGCAGAGCGUGAUGAAAAUGAGCGCAGAAGAGAAGAGCGCAGUCGUGUGGCCAUCUGUCUUUGCUAGGGCUGAUCCAGACUCUAAAGAAAAAACGAUAUCUCUUCUCAACUCUCUGGGUGAAUACACUCUCAUGUGCGGUGAUGGAACUAAUGACGUGGGAGCACUGAAGACAGCCCACGCAGGCAUAGCUCUCCUAGAAGGAACAAAAACCAAAGGAAGAGCCAUCACUCUCCCGGGGAACAUAGGCCAGUCUAUGUUCAUUCUCGAUGAAGAGAUAAAAGUGAAAUUAGGUGAUGCAAGCAUUGCAGCUCCAUUUACAUCUCGCACAGGAUCAUUGCAGUCGGUGAUUGAUGUUAUCUCCCGGGGAAGAUCAGCUCUAGUGAGCACUGUGCAGAUGUACAAGGUUCUUGCUCUGAACUGUCUUUUAUCUGCAUACACCCUCAGUGUGUUUGAUACAAUGGGGAUAAAGUACGGAGACUUCCAAAUGACAGCUGCAGGAGUUCUUUCGGCUGUGUCUUUCACUUUCUUUGGAAAAUCGCGGCCUCUACCACAGAUCAGCAAAGAGAAGCCUGUGGCCAGGAUAUUCAGCAGAUACAUUGUGGUUUCUGUUAUCCUGCAGACAGCUGUGCACAUUGCUGCAUUUUAUUUUACGUACCAGGGCGUGAUCAAGUACGGGCCCAUUGUAAUGCAGGAAAAGUUUUCACCAUCUUUGGCAAAUACGUCGAUGUUUUUGCUGGGAUCGGCACUGCAGGUGACAACCCUUGUUGUGAACUACGUGGGAAGGCCAUUUAGAGAGAGUCUGACAGAAAACAAGAAGCUUCUUAACUCUCUUGUUCUUUCUGUUAUAAUGGUUGUAGCAUGCACUUUGGAGAUGAUGCCAGAUAUCAACGCGCAGAUGGAGCUUGUUUCCAUUCCACUAGAAAUGAAAAUGCUCCUGCUGGGCCUUAUGGCUGCAGACUUUGCUCUGUGCAUGGUGAUUGAAAAAACAUCGUUUGAAGUGUUUAUGCGAAGACCGUCUCACAUGCUCGAGGUGUCAAGAGCUAAAAAACUAAAAUAA